CUCUAAAUUUUGGACACCAAUUUUUAUAUAUAAAAAAAGCAAUCAAAAAACCCACAAUUCCUUUCAACUUCUCCAAAAACCCUGUAAUUCAGUGCAGAUGAUUAAUUACCCACAAAACCUCCGAAAAAUUAGCCUUUUCAAAUUCAAAAUCAACCCCAAAUACAAAAUCAAAUUUCCACCCGAUCACAUAUCCAAAUCCACCACCGAAAACUGACGGCUGGCCGGCGACCACAGAUCCCAAAUGGCGGCGGAGGUUCUGGAAGUCAUCCACAUACCUGACAGUGCACCCGACGCCGGCGACGACGAAAUCUCCGUCGUCUACGCGACGUCGUUUCCUCCCAAGCGAGGCGCCACCAAAUCCGACGCCAUAUCAGUCGAGGACUACCGCCCCAAACCCAAAAUUCACCACGCCAACGACGAUGAUCUCAAGAUCCUCUACUUUUUUCCCAAAUCCCGUAAAAGGGUUUUCACAGGCGAGUGCUCGAGAUCGAAAUCGGGAAACAACGACGCGGCCCACCAAUUUCUGUGCGAGAUCUGCGCUGACGAGAAGCCCAAUCGCCAAAAAUUCAGCAUUUUGGGGUGCGAACACAGCUACUGCUCCGAUUGCAUGAGAAAUUACGUGGCCUCAAAGCUGCAAGAAAACGUCGUCUCCAUAGGCUGCCCUGUUCCCGGGUGCCGAGGCACCCUCGAGCCUCAGCACUGCCGGUUGAUACUUCCGGAUCAGGUUUUCGACCGGUGGGGAGAAGCCCUGUGUGAGGCCGUAAUCUUGGCUUCAGAGAAAUUCUACUGCCCGUUUAAGGAUUGCUCGGCCCUUUUGGUGGACGACUCGUGUGGGGGGAAUGGGGUUAUGGCCGAGUCCGAGUGCCCAUAUUGUAACAGGCUCUUUUGCGUGCAGUGUAAGGUGCCUUGGCAUUUUGGGAUUAGUUGUGAUGAUUUUAGGAAGCUGACGGCCGACGAGAGGGGUAGUGAGGAUAUAAUGCUGGUGAACUUAGCCAAGAAUAUGAGGUGGAUUAGGUGCCCCAAGUGCAGGUUCUAUGUCGAGAAGUCGGAAGGCUGCUUGUUCAUGAAAUGCAGCUACUUGUGGGAUGGGCCUGGCCAAGCCAGUCAGGUGCGGACAUGGUUUUUGUUACAACUGUGGAGCUCCUCUAAAAGAGCAUUACUGUCGUCAAUGCAAGCACUAAAUCGAGCUCCUAUUCCUGGUCAAUAUGAUGCAGUUGAUGUUAAUAAUGACAUUAUGGACUUAGUAGACUGAGGCCAUGUUUGCUAUGCAUGAUUGGACUGGAUUACAUUAGGAUUGAACUGUUAAGGAAACUAAAGAAGGUGUUUUUGAGAAUGGGUUUCUAGAUGUGGAUGGUUUUUGCUUUAGCCAUUGGUGCAUUCUUUGAUAAUUAUGGUAUAUUAUUAUAUAUGAUUUUACUUUACUGUGUCUUGUCCUGGCUGACAUUUUAUCUAUCGUUGAAUAAGUAGGUCAAAAUUGAGGUCUAUUUUCCCUUCCAAAAAG